GACCAGUUAAAGGAACAAACCAAAAAAGUGCAAUUUUUCCGUAUUCAAUUUUCAAUUUUUCUGCGAAAAUCUUCGUUUUAUGAAUAUUAUCUACGACCAGUCAAAAGAACAAAGCAAAGCAAAUAAAAAUGAAAUCAAUUUCGAUAGUUGUUGUGCUAGUGUUUGUGUUCAUAAAAAGUGGAGUUUGCCAGCUACGAAUCGUUAAUGGAAAAGAAGCCGAUAUUCGAAAUCACCCGUGGCAAGUGGCAAUAAACAGAGUAUCUUGGAGUUUUUUUCAUGACCACGUAUGUGGAGGUGUGAUCAUCGGCACCAGAUUUAUCCUCACAGCCGGCCACUGCAUGAAUGAUACGACUAAUCUUAUUGUCAGAGCUGGAUCAACGUCGAGUACGUGGUGGGGAAGCAAGUUUGAUAUUGCAAACGUAAUGAUACACAACGAAUAUCCAAGGAACCCACUUAUGGAUAUUGCCAUCAUUACAUUGGAGCAAGAAAUCGAGUAUAGUGAUUCGAUGAGAGCGAUUAAAAUGUUGUCUGCAAAUUACAUCGUAUCGGCCGGUCGACCGGCUACAAUUUCAGGAUAUGGACGCACAGGUUUAAAUGACAGCCUCUCUAAAGUUUUGAUGGAAGCCACACUUCAAACAAUCUCUCUUCAAGACUGCCAAUCAUUCGAUCCAUAUGUCGAUGAAAGUGUUCAAUGUGCCAUUGACCGAUCACCGGUCAGAGCAACGACCAUGGUUCAAAUUGUAAUGCUUCUAUACCCGUUAUUUGUGCGUCAAUUCCGUACUUCCGGGACUGGAUUAAAUACUACACUGGGAUUUAAUGCUUAUAAUUUAUAAAUUGAAUGAAUCUUUUUAUAGCUUAUAAAUGAUGCAUCUAGAUCAGAAAAACUUAUGACGAAUAAUA